AUGGACACGGACAACAGCGAGUGGGCAAGCGAGCCCAUUGCCAUCAUUGGCAUGAGCUGCAAGUUCUCUGGUGGUGUUAGCGACCCGGAGAAGCUCUGGGACCUCAUGGCCUCGGGGAAGGAUGGGUGGAGCGAGAUCCCAAUAGAUCGGUAUGAUCUGAAAGGAGUCUAUCAUCAAAAUCACGAAAGAACUAGCACGACACACGUCAAGGGUGGACAUUUCCUUGACGACGACGUAGCCGCUUUCGAUGCGGCCUUCUUCAACUACUCAGCAGAGAUGGCGCAGGCCAUCGAUCCGCAGUUUCGGCUUCAGCUCGAGUCUACCUACGAGGCGCUUGAAAACGCGGGCCUGCCUCUCUCUCAGGUGAUGGGAUCCCAGACGUCCGUAUUCGCCGGUGUCUUCACGCAUGACUACCAAGAAGGAAUAAUACGAGACGAAGAUAGACUGCCGCGGUUUAACGUAGUGGGAACCUGGAGCCCUAUGUCGUCCAACCGCAUCUCGCACUUUUUUGACUUCCGUGGAGCUAGUAUGACUCUGGAAACGGGAUGUUCGACGACAUUAGUAGCCUUGCACCAGGCGAUACAGACCUUGCGUAAUCGCGAGGCAGACAUGUCUAUUGUGACUGGGGCCAACGUGAUGCUGAACCCGGACACAUUCAAGGCGAUCGGAUCAUUAGGUAUGCUGUCGCCCGACGGUAGGUCGUACGCAUUCGAUUCGCGCGCCAACGGGUACGGUCGUGGCGAAGGCGUGGCCGCCCUAGUCAUAAAGCGUUUGUCUGAUGCGCUAGCCGACAACGACCCCAUCCGGGCCGUGAUCCGUGAGACGGCCUUGAACCAGGAUGGUAAGACAGACACCAUCACGACGCCGUCAGGUUCCGCCCAGGUGGAGCUUAUGCGCGAAUGCUACCGCCGUGCCGGUCUUGAUCCUCGCGGUACUCAGUACUUUGAAGCCCACGGCACAGGGACUCCGGCCGGCGAUCCGAUUGAGGCGGGAGCCAUGGCAGCCAUUUUCAGCGGAGGCGAGGGCCGCGACAACGAGGCAAAUUACUUGCGUAUCGGCUCCGUCAAAACGAACAUCGGCCAUACCGAAGCCGCUUCGGGUCUCGCCGCAAUGGUCAAGGGUGUUUUGUGCCUCGAAAAGGGGUUGAUCCCGCCCUCCGUGAAUUACGAGACACCCAACCCGAAACUCAAGCUUAAGGAGUGGCGGCUCAAAGUGGCGACGGCGAUGGAGCCGUGGCCCGAAAGCCUAGUCGAUGGCCCUCGCCGCUUAUCCGUCAACAACUUCGGCUACGGCGGGUCGAACGCUCAUGUCAUCUUAGAGAGCGCCGAUCCAUGGACCUCCACACCAGGUCUAGAUGUCGUUCCCACCAACGGCAAUGGCAAUGGUUACACCAACGGUAACAACCACACAAACACAGCCGACAACAGCAAAGUGCUAAUCCUCAGCGCGCGCGAUGAACGAGGCUGUCAGCAAGCAGUCUCGGACCUCAAGGCGUAUCUAGAAAAGCACAGAUCGCUUAGUUAUAAGGCCUCCGAAGAAUUACUCCGAAACCUCAGCUACACAUUAGGGGAACGCCGAACACUCUUCCAGUGGGUUUCAGCGCACCAAGUGUGUCUCGAGAAGGAUGGCGAAAGCGCGCUCGAUGCCGCCAUCCAACUCCUUGACACGUCUCGCUUCAAGCCUAGCCGCCGACCCUCAGACCGUCCGCGUAUUGGUAUGGUUUUCACGGGCCAGGGUGCGCAGUGGUAUGCCAUGGGUCGUGAGCUCCUAACAUCGUACCCGGUCUUUCGCCGAUCGAUAGAGGCGGCCGAGGCACAUCUACGUGCCCUCGGAGCUGACUGGUCGUUACUUGAGGAGUUACAGCGUGACCCCAAGACAACAAGAGUCCACGCCACCGAAAUCAGUAUCCCGGUGUGUGUGGCGCUGCAGAUCGCCUUAGUAAGCCUGCUCGAAUCGUGGGGUAUCACGCCCACGGCUGUCACAAGCCACUCAUCCGGAGAAAUCUCGGCUGCCUUCGCCAUGGGUGCUCUUACACAUCGCCAGGCUAUGGCAACGGCUUACUACCGCGCCGUGCUUGCAGCAGACGAGACUCUACGGCCAGCCGGUGCCGCAAAGGGGUCCAUGGCGGCUGUCGGUUUGGGUGUUGAGGAAGUGCAGACCUACCUCAACAGGCUGAAGAAGGAGAACGGCAAAGCUGUCGUCGCAUGCGUCAAUAGCCCUCAGAGCGUCACUAUUUCCGGCGACGCACCUGCCGUCCAAGAGCUUGAGGAAUUAUGCAAGCAAGAUGGCGUCUUCGCGCGUCGUCUCAAAGUCCAGCAAGCCUAUCACUCACACCACAUGGAUCCUUUCGCGGAUACUUAUCGUGAACGCCUUCGGAUCGAGAUGGCGCGUGACGUAGCACAACACGGCAAGCGAAAUCUACAGGAAACCGAGAAAAAGGAAUCCACGGUGAUCUUUUCGUCCGCAGUCACUGGUGGACGUGUCACCGACAUCAAGCAAAUCGCUAGUCCCGACCAUUGGGUCGGCAGUCUGGUGCAGCCGGUAGAGUUCGUAGACGCCUUCAUAGACAUGGUGCUUGGCGAUCUAGACGAUCCAACAGGUAGAAGUGUUGAUGUAUUGCUUGAGGUUGGCCCUCAUACGGCAUUGGGCGGGCCAAUCCGCGAAAUCUUAUCGCUACCCGAGUUCGAGGGCAUCGAGCUGCCAUACUGGGGCACGUUGGUACGUGACGAGCAUGCAGGCGACAGUAUGCGAUCGGCCGCCAUCAACCUCUUCCGCGAAGGACAUCCCCUCGCCAUGAGCGAGAUUAACUUCCCCGUGUCCACAUAUGACGACGAGGGUCCCCGCGUCUUGACAAAUUUGCCGUCGUACCCCUGGAACCACACCAUGCGCCAUUGGCAAGAGGCAAGAGUCAACCGGGCCAUCCGGGAGCGCAGUGAGCCACCACACGAGCUACUCGGUAUGCCCAUUCCCGGCAAUGACCCCGGUGUAUCCGUGUGGCGCCGUGUAUUACGCCUUGCCGAAACCCCCUGGAUCCGCGACCAUAUGGUGCAGGGCAGUAUCGUAUACCCGGGCGCCGGCUACAUCUGCCUGGCAAUCGAAGCCGCGAGACAAUUAGAGAAGGCAGAUGCUGCUAAGAAAGGCAAGCUCGAUAAUGUUUCGGGAUUCCGCCUGCGUGACGUCAACUUCCUUUUCGCCCUGGUAGUCCCCGAAGAUGCCGACGGCGUUGAGAUCCGGACUACGCUCCGGCCCGUCCCCGAGCGGGAAGUUAGUGCCCGCGGAUGGUGGCGCUUCGAAGUAUCAUCAGUCACGCUAGAUAAUCGGUGGACGCUACACGCUCGGGGCAUGGUCGCACCAGAGCGGGAAGCUGUAGCCCUCGAGACAGCAGAGCGGCGCCCGCUGUCCAUCUACACACGCCAAAAGGACCCACAGGAACUAUUUGCUAACCUCCGGGCACGGGGUGUCUUCCACGGCCCCCUUUUCCAGAAUACGACCAAGAUCAUCCAAGACGGGCGUGAGCCGCGAUCCAUAUGCGACAUCACCACCCGGCACGAAGCUUCUACUGACACGGACCCGGAAGUGGCGGCAAAGACUACCUUGCUGCACCCGAUCACGCUCGAUGCUGUCGUUGUGGCCUUCUAUUCUACGUUGCCGAGCGUCGGAGCUUUGCAAGAAGAUCCAAAGGUACCGCGUUCUAUCGCGUCGAUGUGGGUGUCGAGCCAGAUUAGCCACGAGAUCGGUCGCACGCUGCACUGCGAUACAUCGCUGCUGCACGAUGACCCCCAAAGUGGGAGUGUUGACGUCACCGUUGUGGACGGUGAAACGGACGCCACAGUACUAGAGAUCCAGGGACUCGAGUGCGCCUCUUUGGGGCGCGGUAGUGGCGCCACAGCGCGGCAAGACGCGGCUAACAAGGGCGCCGCCGCGGCCGCCGGCACCAGCAAGUGGGAGCAAGAGGUGUGCAGCAAGAUCGAGUGGGGUCCUGAUCUGUCUCUUCAACAACCGCAGGCUAUAGCACAGGUCAAGAAGCAGUUAAUUUCCGCUUCCGCCGAGUCCGAGGCUGAUGCGGAUGUCGCCAAGAACCUGCACCGAGUGUGCGUUCUCUUUGCUCGGGAUGCGCUGCACACGCUCACCCCAGAAGAUGUAGCCAAACUACAGAAACAGCCAAAUCUCGCAAAGUACUACGAAUGGCUGCGUGAACUGGUCCAGGAAGAGAUCAAAGAAGGGGCACUAGAGAGUCCUAAGAAACGUCAAGAAUACAUAGCCGCUACGGCCUCGCAGAGCGUCGAUGGUGAGCUGAUAUGCCGCCUCGGUGCCGUCCUCGCGCCCAUCCUACGCGGUGAGCCCACCCCGGAAAUCAUCGAUCUACUGCAUAAGUACAACGCCAACUCGAUACGUCGGUCACUAGCACUUGAGAAGCUCUCCAAGCUGUUGCGCAAAGUCGUACAUAAGAACCCGGCUGCCCGCGUUCUCCAGAUCGGCGGCGGAAUCGGACCCCACGCCACACGUCGCAUAUUGGCGGCACUUGGCACGCCCAAGACACCCCUGGUGGGCAGCUGGCACAUCACCAAGUCAUCUCCAGAUGCAUUAGAGGAAUCCCGUACUCAUCUUGCUGACUGGACUGAUCUGCUCGAGUUCGACGAAUUCGACAUCGAGCAGAGUCCCUCCAAGCAGAAGUUCACCCUAGGAAGUUACGAUAUCAUCGAUCCAGGCGGAACGUUACUGUUCGUGGAGACGACCAAGGACCAGGUAGAUUUGCAAGAAGAGGAGCCCGUCCAAACAAACCCGACCCUCACAGCUGGCAUCGAUCUCGAGAUCCAUGACUCGCAAAACGACAUCAUGCAUACCAGCAGCAUUUUCAUCCGCGCUAACCAAGAAAGCUUCGCCGUGGUGACUAGCAGCAAGGUGCCCCCACCUUCAAGCUUUGUCGAUCUACUUUCCAGUCGCAUCCAAUCUCUGACCGUGAGUAGCUUAGACGCCUACAAGAACAAGAUCUCAAACCUCGAUGAGUCGCGCAUAGAAGGACUCCGUGCUAUGGUCACACAGUGCAGCGACAGCGAGGCGCCCGAGCAAGCUGUUAGCCAGGGCUUCCUACGCGUGCUGCGCAACGAGUACAUCGGCCGUCGCUACCUCUCCCUAGAUCUUGACCCCGCUCAUACUGCGGAGAAGUGGUCCCAAAGCGGGGAGAAAGAGGGAUUCGGGCGAGCCGACACCGAUGGCCCGGCCGAUUUCGAGUACGUCGAGCGCGAGGGCGUUCUACUUAUCCCCCGCCUUUAUAAAGAUGAGCAAUGCGACAACGCGGUUGUUGGCUCGCUUGAUGAGAAGGGAGGCAUUGAUGCCAUUACUAGCAUUCCCCUAGAGCCUCUAUUCCAAGAGAAUCGACCACUGCGUCUAGAGGCGGUACUCCCGGGAUACCUAGACACCUUAGCCUUCAUCGACGACGAUGAAAACUAUUGGAACCAUGAAGUAUUCUCGCGCGACGUUUCGGCAGCGAUGGCCCAACUCAAGGAUCGAUCCAUGGGCCUUGAAUGCUCAGGUAUCAUUACGCGCGUCGGUGCUGAUGCUCAGGCUCAGGGCUACAAUGUCGGCGACCGUGUCAUGGCGCUCUUACCGGGCGCUUCUUUUGCCAGCCACGCCCGUGUCCCGUGGCACGGUGUUGUUCAGAUACCCACCUUCACCGUGGCAUAUACUGGACUUUCAGUUCUCAUUCACGCCGCAGCUGGAGGUUUUGGACAGGCGGCCAUCAUGCUGGCGAAACAUUUGGGAGUGACCAAGAUCUACGCCACAGCCGGGUCUCAAGAGAAGCGAGACCUCCUCCAGCGCGAACAUGGCAUUCCUGCUGAGCACAUCUUCAGUAGCCGUGACGCCUCAUUCGCUCCAGCCGUCCUAGCCGCCACAGGGGGUCGUGGUGUCGACGUCGUGCUUAACUCGCUACCUGGUCCACUACUACAAGCAAGUCUCAGCGCCAUCGCACCGUUGGGCUAUCUGAUCGAAAUCGGGAAGGGAGAGAUCGAGGCCAACAGCCUGGUCGCGCUAGAGUCCUUCUCCCGCGGCAUCUCGUUCACGUCGUUGGAUGUCUUGACGCUCUUACGCCACCGCGGACCCAAUGUUCACCACGCACUUAGUGAGGUCGCCCGUCUCUUCGCCCAGGCGGCUCUGAAGCCAGUCCACCCCGUCACUGUUUACCCCAUGCAAGAUGUCCAGUCGGCCUUCCGAUUCGUACAGACGGGUGCCCAAAUGGGCAAAGUUAUACUAUCAACCAAGCCUGACGAACGGGCCAGGGUUGUCCCACGACCAAAGGGUCUCACGCCUCGUCUCCAAUUACGACCUGACGCAUCAUACCUUAUCGUUGGUGGUGUCGGUGGUAUCGGUCGGUCGCUCGCUCAAUGGCUAAUGGAUCACGGUGCCAAGAACCUAAUCUUACUAUCUCGUGGCGCCGGUGAUCUGGACCUUGACAAGAACCAGAACACUGAUGGCGCUCUUUUCAUACGCGAGCUGCGCGCGACCGGCUGUCGGGUAAAGCCGGUCAGCUGUGACAUCGCCCAGGCCACCGGGCUAGCUAAGGCCCUCCGUAUUUGCGAAGAUGAAGGUCUGCCGCCGGUGCGCGGUGUUAUACAGGGUGCCAUGCUGUUGCGUGACGCUAUCUUCGAGCAGAUGACGCUCGAUGACUGGCGCUCCGGCCUGCAGCCCAAGCUCGACGGCACCAGGAACCUUCACGAUGCGUUCUCGCAGCCGGGCUCACUCGACUUCUUCGUGACGCUGUCAUCUGUAUCAGGUAUUGUGGGUAUAAUGUCGCAGACCAACUACGCCGCCGGUGGUUCCUACGAGGACGCCUUGGCGCGAUGGCGUCAAGCCCGGGGUCUGCCGGGCGUGACUAUUGACCUCGGACCCAUCUCGGACAUUGGCUACGUCGCAAAGUCGGCCAAGGUAGCCGACCGUUUGCGCAAGGAUGGCGAUUUCACUAUGCUCGACGAAGACAUUGUGCUCCGCGCCCUCAAGGCCGCUCUCGGGGACGCCGGGUCCUGCGCAGAGGGAGCGGUUCUCAUUGGCAACGCCAUCGCCGCCAAGCUGGCUGAUAUAUUCAUGACCCCAGUAACUGAGAUUGAUCUGAGCAAGCCGCCCGCCCACUUCGGCGUUGACUCUCUUAUCGCGGUCGAGCUACGCAAUAUGUUGGUCCUGCAGGCUGCUGCUGACAUUUCCAUUUUCAAUAUCUUACAAACACCCUCCCUAGCCGCGCUGGCCUCCACCGUUGCGGAGAAGAGCCGUCACCUCGCUGAAGCUGCUUAG